CGCUCUCUUCCUAGUGGCUCCCGCCAGCAGCGUGUGGGAUUACACACGCAUCCAUUCAAGGAUCGCGCUUUACUCCGGGUUUCUCAUUAAACCCCCUGCCUCGUUGUGUGAGCCCCGCGUUGGACGGACGGUGUUAGUAGAUCCUGAUCAUGUCCGCGGAAGGCACCGAGCAGCAGCCGGCUCCGGACACCGUAGCGAAAGAGGAAAAAGGAGAAGCAAAGGAGGCUAUGGAAGUAGAUACGGGCGAUCAGGCGAAACAAGAGCCGGGCGGAGACGCAGUUAAAGAGGAAGCGAUGGAGGAUUAUGAGCUUGAUAAUGAAGAUGAUGACGAUUCUCUUAAUAAAUCGAAAGAAGGCAAUGAGAUGGAUCCAGCUUAUGAAGAAAAGAGGAAAACUGACCGCUCAAACAGAUUUGAGUACCUUUUGAAACAGACAGAAGUGUUUGCACAUUUCAUUCAACCAGCUGCACAAAAGACCCCAACCUCGCCUUUAAAAAUGAAACCAGGACGUCCUCGCCUAAAGAAAGACGAGAAACAAGAUUUGCUGUCUAUGGGAGAUUAUCGCCAUCGCCGGACAGAACAGGAGGAGGAUGAGGAACUUUUAACUGAAAGUUCCAAAACCACAAAUGUUUGCACCAGAUUUGAAGACUCCCCAUCAUAUGUAAAAGGUGGUACACUAAGAGAUUACCAAGUCAGAGGAUUAAAUUGGUUAAUAUCGCUGUACGAGAAUGGCAUAAAUGGAAUUUUGGCUGAUGAAAUGGGUCUAGGAAAGACUUUACAGACAAUCAGUCUUUUGGGGUAUAUGAAGCACUACAGAAGUAUCCCUGGGCCUCACAUGGUCUUGGUUCCAAAGUCAACCUUGCACAACUGGAUGGCAGAGUUCAAAAGAUGGGUUCCUUCACUUUGUGCUAUUUGUCUUAUUGGUGACAAAGAUCAUAGAGCUGCAUUUGUCCGUGAUGUACUCCUACCAGGAGAGUGGGAUGUGUGUGUAACAUCUUAUGAAAUGUUAAUCAAGGAAAAGUCUGUUUUUAAAAAGUUUAACUGGAGAUACCUAGUUAUUGAUGAAGCUCACAGGAUCAAAAAUGAGAAAUCUAAGCUGUCUGAAAUUGUGAGAGAGUUUAAGACAACAAAUCGUCUUUUACUCACAGGGACACCACUUCAAAAUAAUCUACAUGAGCUCUGGGCGUUGCUGAACUUUCUGUUACCAGAUGUUUUUAAUUCUGCUGAGGACUUUGACUCUUGGUUCGAUACCAACAACUGUUUAGGAGAUCAGAAAUUAGUUGAACGUCUUCAUAUGGUUUUAAAGCCCUUCCUCCUCCGCCGUAUAAAGGCUGAUGUGGAAAAAAGUCUACCCCCCAAAAAGGAAAUUAAAAUAUACGUGGGUCUCAGCAAAAUGCAACGUGAAUGGUAUACAAAGAUUUUAAUGAAGGAUAUAGAUAUUUUGAAUUCUUCGGGAAAGACUGACAAAAUGCGACUGCUGAAUAUCUUGAUGCAACUUAGGAAAUGUUGCAAUCAUCCUUACCUUUUUGAUGGUGCUGAGCCUGGUCCACCCUACACAACAGAUAUGCAUUUGGUGACAAAUAGUGGCAAAAUGGUGGUCUUAGACAAACUGCUGCCCAGACUUAAGGAACAAGGUUCACGUGUACUAAUAUUCAGCCAGAUGACAAGAGUUUUAGACAUCCUAGAAGAUUACUGCAUGUGGAGGAAUUAUGAAUACUGUCGACUCGAUGGGCAAACACCACAUGAAGAAAGACAAGAUUCUAUCAUCGCAUAUAAUGCACCUGGCAGUUCAAAAUUCAUUUUUAUGCUGAGCACACGCGCAGGAGGCCUUGGAAUAAAUCUUGCUACAGCUGAUGUUGUUAUUAUAUAUGAUUCAGACUGGAAUCCACAAGUUGAUCUUCAGGCUAUGGAUAGAGCACACAGAAUUGGGCAAACUAAAACUGUUCGUGUGUUCAGAUACAUAACGGAUAAUACAGUUGAAGAGCGUAUUGUGGAACGUGCUGAAAUGAAACUGCGCUUAGAUUCAAUAGUUAUUCAGCAAGGUAGAUUAGUGGACCAAAACCUAAAUAAAUUAGGGAAGGACGAAAUGCUUCAAAUGAUUCGACAUGGUGCUACUCAUGUAUUUGCAUCAAAGGAUAGUGAAAUCACAGAGGAAGACAUUAAUGCAAUCUUGGAGAGAGGGGAGAAGAAGACUGCAGAAAUGAAUGAGAAACUCUCAAACAUGGGUGAAAGUUCCCUUAGAAACUUCACGGUGGAUAAUGAAUCCAGUGUUUAUAACUUUGAAGGUGAAGAUUACAGAGAAAAGCAAAAGAUGGCAUUUACAGAGUGGAUUGAACCACCGAAAAGGGAACGAAAAGCUAAUUACGCGGUAGAUGCGUAUUUCCGCGAAGCACUCCGUGUUAGCGAGCCAAAAGUACCAAAGGCUCCCAGACCCCCAAAACAGCCAAAUGUUCAAGAUUUUCAGUUUUUCCCUCCACGUCUAUUUGAGUUAUUGGAAAAAGAAAUUCUCUAUUACAGGAAAACAAUUGGCUACAAGGUACCACGUAAUCCUGAUCUGCCAAAUGCAGCACAAGCACAAAAGGAAGAACAACUAAAAAUUGAUGAGGCAGAGCCCCUCAAUGAUGAAGAGUUAGAGGAGAAAGAGAAAUUGUUAACUCAGGGUUUCACAAACUGGAAUAAGAGAGAUUUCAACCAGUUUAUUAAGGCUAAUGAGAAAUGGGGUCGUGAUGAUAUUGAAAAUAUUGCGCGGGAAGUGGAAGGCAAGACACCAGAGGAAGUCAUUGAGUAUUCAGCGGUCUUCUGGGAAAGGUGCAAUGAGCUUCAAGAUAUCGAGAAGAUAAUGGCUCAAAUAGAAAGGGGAGAAGCGAGGAUACAGAGGAGGAUUAGCAUAAAGAAAGCUCUAGACACAAAGAUUGGAAGAUACAAAGCACCUUUCCACCAACUGAGGAUUUCGUAUGGUACAAACAAAGGAAAAAACUACACUGAGGAAGAGGAUCGUUUUCUCAUUUGCAUGUUACACAAGCUAGGUUUUGAUAAGGAAAAUGUGUAUGAUGAACUGCGGCAGUGUAUACGGAACUCUCCCCAGUUCAGAUUUGACUGGUUCUUAAAAUCAAGAACAGCAAUGGAGCUUCAGCGAAGAUGCAAUACCUUAAUCACUUUAAUUGAAAGAGAGAACCUUGAACUCGAGGAAAAGGAAAAAGCUGAGAAGAAGAAACGUGGACCAAGGCCUUCAUCGGCUCAAAAACGAAAGGUGGAUGGAACACCUGAUGGCAGAGGAAGAAAGAAGAAACUGAAGCUCUGAGACAAAUUUGUAAAAUCAAUAAAUUUCUGAAGUAGUUUUUUACGGGUCUUCAUAAGAUGUACUGUACGCUUAUCUACUAUUAUGUCAUUCAAAGACAUUGGGUUCACCUGUUUACUGAAAUAGGAACAUAGUACUUAUUGUAGUUACCCUUUUUAAAUACAACAGCUGUGCUGGGUUUUUUUUAGCCAUUAACAGUUGAAGUAAAAAAUAGGCUUCAUUAAUUAAUGUGCUUUUCUUAAUGUUUUUCCCCCCUCCUUCCCUGUCCUUGGACAGCUUUUGAAACUCAUUGUGUAUAUUUUUGUAAAGUAUUAUUUUUGUAUCUUUGGAUUAUUAUCAACAUGCACACUGUUCAGAAGAAUACAACAUUCUUGUCUAGUAAA